GAGAGUUAGUGUUAAAUGAAGGUGGCAACACUGACUGGCCCAAAACGACCAGUCGACCACCAUCUUGUGCAAAGAGUGAGAAGAAGAGAAAGAGAAAGGAUAACACUUCAUAUUUUUAAGUUCUGUGCCGCUCUGGGAGGACAUAAGAUCCCAGCAAGACGUCCCACCGGUGCAGAAAGAACUGUUGAUGCAGCAAUGAACAACAACCCACAUGGAAUGGCAGCCUGGCAUGGGGGAGGCAAUGCAGCGCAGGGGGGCGGUGGCUGGUUCAUGGGACCUUAUGGAGGCUACCCCAACACCUACAAUGGCCCCCCUGGUCCCCCUGGCCCUCCACAGCAAGGGUGGAAUGGAUAUGGCGGCCCGGGUGGAUAUGGCCCCUAUGGUGGAUAUCAAUCACCCUGGGCUUAUGGCGUGCCCCCAGGAAUGCCAGGGCCACCCCAACCACAGGGAGAUGGAUCCAACACCAACAAUAAUAAUAACAAUAACAACAACAAUGGCAAUAACAAUAACAAGAAGAAUAACAGCAACAACUCAGUCAGUGACAGCAACCCUCCACUGCCACCUGGCCCACCACCACCUGGCACCCUGAACAAGGGUGAGCAGGGCAAGGGGAAUCCUAAUAACCAGAAGGGUAAUGACAAGGGCCAGGAGAAGGCAGCAGGGAGCAAUCAGAUGCAGGGAUACGUGCAGGAUUACAACCACGGCUAUAACCAAGGCUACGGGACUGCCUACGGGCAAGGCUAUGAUGGAUUUGGGUACGGGGGUGGCUGGUACGGCCCCCAAGGUCCCCAGGCUCCCCAGCAACCCCCACAGCAGCCGCCCCAGGCGUACCACCAGUCCCCCAUGGGUCGCAGUGGUCCCUCCACAGUGUCAUCUGGUCCCAUCAAGUUCAACCUGCCCAGCAAGAAGGGGCUGGGCUACAGUGCCUUCCAGCAGCAGCAGGGCAUGCAGCAGCAGGAACAACAGCAGCAGCAACAGCAGCAGCAGCAGCAACAGCAACAACUCCAGCAGCAACAACAGGAGCAGCAGAAGCAAAAUGAACAGCAGCAGCAGCAGCAGCAGCAGCAACAGCAGCAACAACAACAACAAAUGCUACAACAGAUGCCCCAGCAACAGCAAAUGCAGAAUAUGAACAGCAAGAAAAAGAACAAGAAGAACAAGAACAACAUGAUCAUGUCCAACAACCCGUGGACCAAAAUGCAGCACCUGGACAAGCAGGUGCAGCAGCAGAUACCCCCACCCCAGGUGUCCCCGCAGCAGCAGCACGACCCCAACAACAUGAUGAAUGAGAAGGAGAACGCUGCGUCUGGCCAGAGUGCAAUGAACAUCUUCCAGAACAGCGCCGAGAAGCAGAGUCUGAUGAACAAGGCUGCUGAGAAGACCUGCCUGAAGGAGAUCAAGGGCAUGACGGGCCUUGUGGCUACUGGUGACUGGCCUGAGAGCCUCAAAGCUUACGUGGGGCGCUGCUUUGCCCGCUGCCAGACAGAACUCGACAAAGACCAAGUGGAAAUUUGCCUCAAGGGGAAGCUCACCCAGGCAGCAAAUAACGGCACUCUGUGGACCAAGAACUGGGAUGAGGAGUCACUGCCAAGCAUACACAGCGAGUCCACCGCUAACCUCCUGUCACACAUCAAGAACUGGAACGCCACCAACAACGCCAACAAUAACAGCAACAGUGUCGUCAAUGGCAGCAGCGGCGGCAGCAACAACAACUCUGCAUCUGAGGGCACGCCAAGCCCCGUCAAGACGCCACAGAGCAAGAAGCCAAACUACAAGAAGCAGCACAUGUCUCUGGGUUAUUCUGUGCACAGCCUGAAACAGUCUCCAGCCUCACACCUUCCCGUCAGAUCCUCGCGCUCCAGGUCACAGUCGAGGUCACGCACUCGAUCCAGGUCCUCAUCAUCCAGGUCGAGAUCUCGGUCGCGGUCGCCAGCCUAUCGCAGGGCUCGGCGGGACAGCAAGCGCCGUCACUCCUCAGGGUCGGAGGAAGAGAACAAGGGGUACAUCAGGCUGAGCAAUAAGCGAGGCCGCAGUCCCUUUGUCGGGCGAGGACGAGGCAACAAAAAGAUGAAGGGAAAGAACAAUCGCACCGAGUCACACUUCUACUCCAAGCACGGGCGGAUGAACCUGGACCCGGAGUUCAGCACAUCGGAGCGGCUGCAGAAGAGGGCAGCUCGCUUCAGUGGUGGGCUGGACAUGGGGCCGCCCAGGAAGAAGAAGCCACUCAACAUCACCAAGACCAUCAGCAACACCAAGCUGCUCAACAACUCCUUCACCAUUGAUGGGGACGACAUUGACUGGAGCUCCAUCCACAUCGUCGGCACCUCCACUGCCCUGGAGAAGAACUACCUGCGGCUGACAGCGGCCCCAGACCCAUCAACGGUGAGGACAGUGGACACACUCAAGAAGUCGCUGGAGCACAUCAAGCGUCAGUGGGUCAAGAACCAGGACUACCGGUAUGCGUGUGACCAACUCAAGUCCCUGAGGCAGGACCUGACCAUCCAGGGUGUCAGGAAUGAAUUCACUGUACAGGUGUAUGAGACACAUUCCAGGAUAGCGUUGGAGAAGGGAGACCACGAGGAGUUCAACCAGUGCCAGAGUCAGCUGAAGCAACUCUACUCAGAGGUUGGGGGUGAGAACGCCCUCGAGUUCGUGGCCUACAGACUCCUCUACUACAUCUUUACCAAGAACACAUUAGACAUCACCUCCCUCAUGGCCGGCCUGUCCAGUGAGCAAAAAGAGAACGAGUGCAUCAGCUUCUCCCUCAAGCUGCGCGCCGCCUGGUCGCUGGGGAAUUACCACCGCUUCUUUAAGCUGUACCGCAUUGCCCCCAAGAUGGCAGGCUACCUCGUUGACUGGUUUGCUGACAGGGAGAGGAGGCAGGCUCUCAGGGCAAUGCUUAAAGGCUAUCGGCCGGGUAGUCUAGAUGUCAGUUUUAUUAGGUCGGAGUUGGCACUCGGGACUCAAGAGGAGUGGCAGAAAUUUGAGAGUGCCGUGAGCUUGGUGUAUACCGACGCGACAAAGACUAAAAUCGACUGCAAACAAUCUUCUGCUGAAGCCCCAGCAAGCUAGGAACUCUAGUGAAACAUGGAGGACAGUUGUACAAAAUUUUAUCAUGCCUGAAACAGGGCAAAAGUGACAAGUGCCCCUUCAAAAGGCUAGUUACAAGGGUGGGGUGUGUGUAUGUAUGUGUGAUGUUGAUGGUUGUCUGGUGUGCAAAGUGAAUAUAACCAAAGAACCUUAAUUUGGACGGUGUUCAUGGAGUCGCUGAAGAAAUUUCCUCUUCUGAGCUGUGAAAACUGACCUAUUCACUGAACCUUUGCUGGGAUAUUGUCAAGUGGACAUUUUUUUGAUGGAAGCACAGAAGUCAGUUCAUGUACAUAGCGUUAGUUGGUUUGCAGUUAAGCGCUGGCGAUGAGAGUUGUUCAAACACACCUUACCAAAAGUUGAAAACUGAGCCUUUGGGAAGCCAUGAACUGUGGUUGGCUUUCUUGAUGCUGUGAAAAGCAAGAUUCCUUUCAAGCUUAAGUCUGUGAACAAUCCUGUUGCUUGGGCUGUACUGGAGUGCACAAUCCAUCUGCACCACAUUUCUUUCUCUAUCCUUUACUCUCUUAGAACUAAAGCUAUUUGAUUAUAGUUCAUUUGUGCACUUCAUUCUUCCUGUCACUUGUAGGAUCAAGACAAGUCAGGCAUGCAUCACGCUUUCCUCUCACUACUUCAUCGUGAACCACCAUGCCAUAGCCAUCCUCACCAGCACCAUCAACACCACUAAACAGAAGACUUCAGCAAGCUGGUGAUUGGUCACAUGCACAUCAGUAAGAGCAUCAACAUCUUCAGGAACCAUCUACAUCAGGUAGUAGAGAGUUACACAGUGCACAAAGUGUAGGAAGAUUGCAAACAGUGAGCAAAGCAAGUGUAGCAUCAGAGGGACAUCUCAACUUGUCUCUGUCUUCACGGCAACUCGGGAUCUUCAAUUCGUAAAGGGUCUGCACGACGCCUCAGGAUCUUCACCACAACAGAAGAGGGUGGAAGCUGGGCCUGCCCUGUACAGUGGUUAAAUAAGUUUCAGGUACCACUUCCUUUACUUCACACAGGAUUGGGAUACAAGACACCAAGCAAACUCAGCCACAAGAUGGACAGUCAGCACCCUAGUGAGGUUCUGCAUCCCCAUUAAUCGGUCUUCUUCCUGUUUCCUUGCCUCUCUUUCUCAUUCAUCAUCAUGUAGAUGGUAGUGCCAACCCUUUAUGGUUCAAGUAGCAGGAUUCACAGUGAAGAUUGUUGAAAGGAAGUGUGCCAGUGUGCCUUAGGACUCUGAAAACAGGCCUGAGACUGGCUGCCAUAUAGAACUGAGGAAUCUUGAAGUGUGAGCAGAGAUGUUAACCAGGGGAGGGAGAAGUGACUGGUGGCUUCGAGAUGUUUGCACUGGAAGCCCAUCUCGGUGGGUUUUCUGGUGUGAUGCCUGGAAGACCAACGAAGACUUGAAGACAGUUUGCACCUUAGUGGUGUGAGAGUUGCAGAGACUGGAGUGUUGGCAUGCAGCGUGGGGAGUGUCGCCACCAGGUUUCCCCGAGUCCCCAGUGCAUCUCCCUCAAGCAGAGCAGUGGGCAGUGGUAGCUUGCUGCUGCUCUCUGCUCAUGUUGUAAUGUUAUGGAACAUUAGCUUGUUCCCAGGUUUAUCCAGCAUUGUUCCAGCCUGUAGCAGCACAAAUGCAGCUCACCAGCAUCCAGAAGUGUUCCAGUACCAAGAGACCAGCCGUUCCCGUUUCCAGCUGAUUGGCGUUCCAGGGCAGUGUAGCAGUCUACGUCAUCGUCCCAGUUGUUCCAGCACAGCAGCCGUGGCCGUCAGUUAUUCAGCAUCCUGGAGACCCUUCCCCACACACCACACCUUCCUAGCGGUGGCAGUACAGUUCCCUGGCCACCCUGUCCCCCAGGGAGGCUCUGCAGGUGGUUGAUGAACCACAUGCAACUUUACCUUUUUCUUUUUGUCCUGUAGCCAUCAUUUUGUUGGUUUCUCUCACCUUUUUCACAAGUUUUCUUCUACACCAAGAGUAGACACGCCACCCUCCCUGAAGCACUUGGUGUGGUUCAGAAUGUGUACAUAAUGUACAAAAAUUGGCUUUGCCUAACUUAAUCUUCUAUAAUGACUUUAUCUGCCUAGGAAGUAUGUUGAUGUGUGUGGACUCCAGCUCAUGGGUGUCCUUACAUGUCAGAAUUUUUCAUGCAUAUGAACAUUACUUCCAUUCAAGAUGGGCAAGUCAUCUUUCUUAUUUAACUUAUAUAUUAAUAUUAAGUACAAAUUUUCUUGUAGAUAUAGACAAGCAAGAUUUACUGGUAACCCUUUCUUUCUGUUAUUUAUUUUCAUAAUGAAGCAGCUCUACAUUAUUUUCAAAGAUGCUGUGAAGGGUGUUCUCGACUGAAGAGUUUAAAAAGAUAUUUUGUAAAAAAAAAUACUCAAUAAAUAUUGAAGAGAGA